UCAUAAACAAAGCAGACGCCGAGUCGAAUAGGUUCUGCGGGGAAACAGACCGGUUUUAUCAUUGCAUUAAUUAACCGCUUGGACUUCGAUUAACUUAAUAUAUAUAUAUAUAUAUAAAUCAAAUAUAUAAAACACUUGGGGUGGGUGGGCUGUAAUUUAACAGCCAAAUCUGUGAAAAAUGGCUCCCAAUCAGAAGCUGGCUGAGCUGGAGGCUUGGCGUGUAUCUGGCAUAACCCGUACAUAUCCCAGCUAUCGCAGAGAGUGGCCCAUCAGUGAAGAGAGCUGGCUGGAGGGAAAACACAGCGACGAUGCAGCCGAAGGUCUAUGGCGUAUCAAAGAUAAGCUCUACGAUCUGACGGAUUUUGCUCGACGACAUCCGGGCGGCGCUUUCUGGAUAGAACGGACAAAGGGCACCGAUAUAACCGAACCCUUCGAGUCACAUCACAUCGAGGAACACGCUCAACGAAUGCUCAGCAAGUUCGAGGUGCGAUCAGCUGCUCAGCCGAGAAAUUAUAGAUUUACGCUGGAAGAGAAAGGUUUCUACUUGACCUUAAAGCGACGAGUGCAAGAGAAGCUGCGCCAACUGAACUAUCGACCCAGCCAUAAAACAGAUCUCCUACACACCGGCAUCCUGAUCUCUCUGCUGUUCUUCAGCUGGGCUGGCACUGCCUUCAACUCCCUGCCACUGCGUGCCCUUGCGGGUCUGUCGCUCUGCUGGCUCUCGACAUCGGCUCACAACUACUUCCAUCAGCGGGACAAUUGGCGCAUGUAUAGCUUCAAUCUGCUGCUGCUCAACUGCAACAGCUGGCGCAUCUCGCACGCCUUGUCCCAUCACGUCUAUCCCAAUUCGUUGCACGAUCUGGAGAUGUCGCUCUUCGAGCCCUUCCUCUGCUGGGUGCCCAGUCGGCACUAUGCGAGCAGAGUGCAGCGCGUGAUCUCUGUGCUGAUAUCGCCUUUUAUAUAUACAGUUAUGAGUCUGGUGCAGUUUACCGAGCGACUGGUCUACUCGCUGCUCAAACGGAACGUCAUGUACUGGCACGAUCUGCUGGGCUUCACGCUGCCCGUCUUUCUCUAUGCAUCCACAAAUGCUGAUCUCAGCUCUGUGAUCUUUAGUUGGUUGAUUAUCCUCGGCAUGGGCAGCUUUCUAUUUGGCUUCAUUGGCUUGACAGCGGCUCAUCAUGAUCCUCGCAUCUACCACGACGGCGAUGCGCCACGACCCGAUCGCGAUUGGGGUCUCUUUCAGCUCGACACGAUCAUCGAUCGUGGCGACAUCAAGUGGUCCGAUUUGCUGGUGCUCACGCACUUUGGCGAACACGCACUGCAUCACAUGUUCCCCACCUUGGAUCACGGCGUGCUGCGACAGCUCUACCCGGAGCUACAGCAAACCCUGAGGGAAUUCAAGUCGGAGCUACGUGAAAUGAGCCAUUGGGGCCACAUUAAGGGGCAAACACAGCAGCUGCUGCGCAUGGAAACGAAUCCCAUUCCGCCGGGCAGCAAGAAAGGUGAAUAGUUUAUGAGCCAAGUUAAAGUGUUGUACAGGUAUUUGGGUGUACUAUGGCCUAUUAAAUAUAUGUAUAUAGUUUUUUUUUAUAUGCAGAGUGUAAACGAGUUUUAUGUGCCGCAAUUAAAAACUAUCUCGGUUUUAUAUACUAUUAAUCAGCGGUGCCAAGGAAGUUGAUAAAAGAAAGCUUUGCUCUCUGUAUUCCCCUGAAUCUCUCUCUCUCUCUCUCUCUCUCUCUCUCUUAUUUUUAUAUAUUACAAGUUAUUAGCUUUACUUGCAUACAAAUAGUGAAGAGAGUAAAUUAGCGUAACUUAAAAGCUUGACGGCUCUUCUAAUUGUGUCACGGCGCAGUCGAAAUUACAUAAUUUCAAUAAGUGCUUAACAUUUGUCUAAUCGUUAAAAUUUAGUUAUAUGGCGAUAAUGCCAAGAAAGAGAAUGGCGAGUGUGGGCGACUGGAAUAUACCCUGCAAUUAAUGAACAUAUAAUGAACAUAUGACAUCUUAUAUUACUCGAUAACUUAAAAUUUGUGGAUGGGGUCUAUAAGAUAUAUACCAUAGUUGCAUUUAUUGAAUAAAUUUUGGGAAAAUAAAUGAAUAUAUUAUUUAUUUAUUUAGCUUUUUA